AUGGAGGCCGGUCUCGGGGUCCUGAAGAAGUCCAUACCGGGCCGUCCAGCUAGGGACAAGGCCGAGCCAGCCAGCUUCCACAACGAACCAAGCUCCCCAUCCUCGUCGGCAAUUCCUGCGACUCCGACGCUUCGCUCGAGUCUCAUUGAUGAUCCAUCUGCCUCUGACAUUGACGAGUGGGAACAAAUCAGAAUCACUGACGAUCCUGAAGCUGCAAACCCGGGGAACUGGACGCGCAGUCCCAGUACUCGUACUGAGUCUCUCAAGGCCACGGCGAGAUCUAGCACCCCACCGUUGACAUCACGCAUAAAUUCCCGGGUCUCAAGAGGAAGUACUGCUACAACCAAGGAUGCCGACUGCACCCGGUCUUUGCCGCCUACUGCCCCGUCCGCCCCGUUGUCGAGCAGCCCUGGCAACACAUCCAUUGAUCCAUUGUCGCAGGUCUUCUCCUUCAUGGCUGGCGCGGGCGGUGGCUUCAUUCCGCAUCACAAGGAACCACCGCGCUACAUCCGGGUCAAAGCCCACGAUAAGAAGACACGAGAGUUUGACCGCAUGUUUCUUGCCCAGGAAUUGAUCGGAACGCGACCACUCGAGCAGCCGGCUGGCACGAAAAUGCCCCAGGUCACUAUAUCCACGUCGAGUCAGGCGCGCCGGAGGGCUACUACUGGAGGUGCUGUCUGGACCACCGAAUUCAGCAAGGACGGGAAAUAUAUGGCGGCCGGCGGCCGCGGCCACGUCGUCCGUGUCUGGGCUGUCAUCGCUACAGCAGAAGACCGGCGCACCGAAGAAGAUGCUGAGAUUGAGAGUGGCAGUUUGGGCGAGCGGCUCAGCGCUCCAGUGUUUCUGGAAAAGCCAAUUCGGGAGUUCGAAGGCCAUACUGGCGACAUCUUGGACCUGAGUUGGAGCAAGAACAAUUUUCUCCUUUCCACAGCCAUGGACAAAACAGUGCGGCUAUGGCAUAUCAGCCGCCACGAGUGUCUGUGUACCUUCAAGCACAAGGAACUCGUUAGCAAGGUGGCUUUUCACCCGAAGGAUGACCGUUUCUUUCUCGCCGGCUGUCUUGACGCCGUCUUGCGCCUCUGGAGCAUUCCUGACAAAAGCAUUGCUUUUUCAACCCGACUUCCAGACAUGAUCACAGCCGUGGCUUUUUCACCCGACGGAAAGGUCUCUAUGGCAGGCCUACUAAACGGAUACUGCCAUUUCUUCGACACGGAGGGAUUGAGGUCGCAGUCGCAGAUGCAUGUGCGCUCAUCUAGAGGUCGCAACGCCAAGGGCAGCAAGAUAACAGGCAUCGUAUCCAUUGUGCCGCCAGGCUCAAGGGACACCGACGCUAAGAUUCUCAUCACUUCCACCGACUCGCGUGUACGCGUAUACAACCUGCGCGAUAAGACGCUUGACGGCAAGUUUAAGGGCCACGAGCAUGCCACUACUCAGCUUUGCGCCAGCUUCAGCGACGACGGCAAGUAUGUUAUCUGUGGCAGCGAAGACAGCAAAGCUUUUGUGUGGAGCGACGAUGCAACCCGAUCUGUGGCAGUCCCCAAACCGCGACCAGAGGAGACGCCUGGGUACAUCGCAAGGUCCACGCACUACGACGGAAAUAUCAUCGUGACCAGUGAUGAAACGGGCAUCAUCAAAGUCUUCCGCCAGGACUGCGCAGCCAAUAAAAGGAAGCAUGAAAGCUGGGAGACAGGGUCGAGCUUCAGCCGCAAGCUGACUGCUUCCGGACUCGUGGGACGCAAUGGCAGCAUUAUCACGCGAAAUAGCAUGAGCAGCGUAGCACGCUCCAGACGGGGAUCGCUCACGCAACCACAGCUGUCGGUGAACGUAAUCUCCCCCCCAGGAGCUGCCGGCUGCACAAACCAGUCAGGAAACUCAGACCGCAUCAUCAGCUGGCGCCAGGAUAUCGAGAGUAAUGACAGCCGCACAACACCCCUGACAGCGACGCCUACUCGAAGUGAGCGAUCUAUCUCGCCGACCAAAGUUACCCACACGCCGAUGGGUGCCCCUGGUGGCUUGGCAAGUGAGGCACGAAAACAGCCGUAUGCAGGCACUAGCUUGCCACGGACUGCACAAUCGACGGCCCUGGUGACAAAGGAGAACUCUACGAGCCCAUCAACCAGGUCUCUGGCAAGUCUAAAGCUGGCGGAUCAAAAACCGUUCGCGAGCACAUCAACAUUAUCCGAAGGCGCAACUGUAACUGAGACCAAAAUGCAGCCCAAAGACCCAAAUUCACUACCGCCAGCCUCGCGCUCUGGAUGGUUGGAACAGAAAGAAAAUAGAGAUGACAAAGGGGGUGCCCAGCCCGAAGCAGACAACCGCAGUUUCGGCCCACCAGCGCCUAGCUUCUCGUUCAGGCCUUCGGACAACGAUGACCCCUUGCGACUGGACCCGGCAGGAGCCAGUUACAGCUUCUGGAACUUGAACAAGUGGAAGGGCAUUGCAAACCUACGUGCGUCGAUUACCGGGAACACUGGCUCUGGAGGAGACUCUGGAGGCCACCACCACCAUCACAGUGGUGGUGACAAGUCAGGCGAUGGGUUUGGCAACACGACGGUUAUGCCGAAGUCGCCACUUGCCAAGUCAUUUACGCCAACAGAUGGCGACUCGUCUACGCAUGCAGAGACGACGAGAGAAACAAGGACGAACCGAGCUGAGGGCCUAACACCAUUGUCGGAGAAACAAUUACGGCGGCGAUCGGCAGCCUCGGGCAGCGGGCAGGAGCACCUGACACCAGCGACGACACGAGCCAGUGCUACAGAGACGAACUCAGACCAGAGCAAUAGUUUCUUGCACCUCCCGAAACAUGAGCGCGGUCCAUACACUCGGGACAACUCUAUCGUCAGCAAGCUGAGCUCAGAACUGACAAGUUCCGACAGCGACGCAGACGACCAGAGCGAUUCCGCCGAAGGUACUGAGAUGCGGUGUGCCAAAUGCGGAGGGCGAGAGUUCAAGGCGCGGCGUAUCGGCGGUCGACAACUGCUGCACUGUAGCCGAUGCGGUAAGGCAGCUGACGAUGGCGAAGACAGCCGGGAGGAUGCUGAUGCUGGUGCUGCGAGAAUUGUGUCCGGAUAG